UUUUAACUUAUUUAACAUCAGCAAAGAAACAAACAAAAAUUUGUACCAAGAUUUAAAGACCACAAUAAAUUUAUUAUUCUAACCCUUUUCCAAAUUAAAUCAGAAAGAAACAUGUUUAUUUUAUGCACUAAAAGAGAAAAGAUCAGACUUAAACCUGACAGUCUUGGAAAGGAUUACCAAAAAAACAUUACAAAAUUAUUAUAUGAAACAUAUUUAUUCAAGGCAAUUAAUGAAAAUGAGGUUAUUGUAGCUAUUAAAGAUGUUACUCUGUAUGAUGGAUUUGUAGAAUAAGUAACAGGAGAAGUCGUUUUCGAAAUCUAAAUGACUUAUCUCGUCCAGUAAAUAGUUUAAAAUGAAGUCUAUGAAGGAACAAUCGUUUCAUAAAAUGCUAAAGGAAUUACUGUUAAAUUUGGAUAGCUCUAGGCUUUUAUUGGUAAACAUCUACUUCAGCCAAACUCUACAUUUUUCAAGGAUAAAAACGAAUGGAUUUGGUAGAAUGAUGAAGAAGACAGCUCUAGCGUGCUCUUCUAUGAAGCAGAUGCUUAGGUUAAAUUCAAAAUAUUUGCCAUUAAUUUCUUGGCGAAGAUUGACGAAGUUAACCCAGAAGGAUAAAAGCAAAUCAUAGGUGCGAUGAAUGAAGAUGGCCUUGGUUUGAUAUAAUGGUGGGAUUUCUGA